CGUUCUUAGCAAUCUUGGUGUCUCACUAAAACCCUAGAAGAAGUUGAACCGAACGUUCAGUAGCGCACGCUCAUUCCAUACUCACACCUCCGGAGUUUCUGUUGCUUCUUGCUUACUCUUCACAAGCUACGACUUCAUACCAACAUUUUGAGUUAAGGUGAAGAAUCGUUCUCUGGUAAAUGGAUCCCGACAGAAUCAGCGGGCUUCCUGGCGAAGUCAUCGACAACAUUCUUAAAUACUUGCCUUUGGCAGAUGCGGUGAGAACUACCGUACUAUCGAGAGAAUGGAAUUAUAAGUGGUUAACAAUUCCGCAUAUAGAUCUCGGUUGGAACUUCAGACAAUCGUUGCCUUCAGGAUUCCCCCGUGAAUGUGUCAUCUCCCACAUAUUGUGUUUCCACAAAGGACCCAUAAUCAAGUUUUCACUUAGACAUAAUCUUGACCGUGGCCAUGUGGCUGUGGAUCGAUGGCUCAAGAUCUUGCAAAGCAAACUUGUUGAGGAGUUAUCACUAUUAUUCAAUUCUGUCACCCAACGCACUCUAUAUGCCGUGCCUAAAGAUCUAUAUAGUUUUCAUCUCCUCAGGCACCUAGAGCUUAGUUCUGCUGACAUCAAUUUGCCUUCUACUUUCAAAGGUUUUAGUGCGCUUGUCAAACUUACUCUUACUGAUGUCCAGAUCACCUCUGAAAAUUUGCGCGAGUUUAUUUCUAAAUGUCCGAUGCUUGAGUACUUGGAUCUUCAGGGGUUGACUGGCUUUACAACAUUUUGGUGCCACAAUGUUGAUGCUCCUAGAAUCACAUACUUGAGGCUUGAACGAAUGGACGUCAAAUUACCAUUUACUUUCAGUGCUUUCAGUUUGCUUGCCGAACUUAGGCUUUGGGCACUCCGCAUUACCCUUCAAGAUUUGGAAAGGUUGUUAUCUGGAUGCCCAUUUCUUGAGUUGGUUUCUAUUACAGAGUGUUUUGACCAAACCUCACCCUGUCAUCUUGAUAUAAAUGCUACUAAUCUCAAAUACUUAAGGCUUGAUUCGUUACCUACCUUUGAUGGUUUUAGUCGACUUAUCAAACUUGAACUUGAGAAUUUCCGAAUUACUCCUGAAGAGUUGCGAAGUGCUAUUUCAAAAUGUCCCAUGCUUGAGCGGUUGUCUAUUGGCUCAUGUUUGGCACCAGCCACAUUUUGGUGCCUUGAUAUUGAUGCUCCCAAUCUUAGAAGCUUGAAUCUUACUCGUACCAACAUCAAACUUCCCCCUGGAUUCAGUGGUUUUAGUAGGCUUUUCCAUCUUUAUCUUGACGGCCUCUGGAUUGAUCCUAAAGAGUUGCAGCUGUUUAUAUCAAAAUGUCCAAUGCUUAGAACAUUGGAUGUUAAAAAUUGCAAUGAAAACGUAUCUUGGUCCCUCAACAUUGAUGCUCCUAACCUCCGGGACGUGCAUUUAGGGGGCUUGUUCAGAUCAGUUUGUUUGAAAAAUACAGGAUAUGUUGAAAAAUUUAUUGUUGACAAUGACAGAGGUGGUUAUGGAAAUUUUAGAUCGCCUGGGAUGAUUGUAGAUGGGAGUAACAUGAUCAAGGUUUUUGAUCAGCUUCCAUCUCUUGUAAAACUGGAAUUUGGUAUCUCCUUUUUGCAGUUCUUGGCUUUGGGUGGCCCGCCGCAAGAACUUCCUUGCAAGCUCAACAAUUUGACGAUGAUUGAACUUAGAUAUAUUGAUUUGGCAAUCUUGGACAAUGUCACUUGUGUUGUUUGCCUGAUUAGAAGCUCCCCUAUCUUGCGCAGCCUUGAGAUUAUAUUUGAUUGGAAGUCCGAGAGGUCGUUUAGUGAUUCAGUGAGAGCUGAGCAGAUGUGUAAAGUUGUGGAAUAUCUGAAAGGUGAGCAGAAGCAAAAUACUCCUUGCAAUAACCUCAAAAUUGUGAAAAUUGAAGGGUUUACGGGUACUGAACCUGAAGUAGAAUUUGUGAAGCUUCUUCUAUCCUGGGGAACUGAACUUGAACGAUUGGUGCUAUUUUCUUAUACUGAUGCUGAGACUCAAGUACCAAACAUGGCGAUAAAAGAGUUGAAGAGGUUCUAUUGGGAGUCAUCUUCCAAACCGAAAUUUAUCAUAGAUAAACCGAUGGUUUGAAAUUUUAUCUUGGGCAUGAACCUACACUCUAUCUUUGAUUUUCUUUUGUUAUUUUUUUACUGCUUUUUCGUCUUGGGAUAUUACGAUUUCUACUAAUGUAGUAGUUGCAUAUGAUUUUGUUUCAUGUUUCUUAGCUUUUUUUUUCAGAUUAUUUGCAUCCAUUGAACUUUAGGUGGCAUAGGGGCUAAUGUAGUUAUAUAUGAUUUUAAUUCCUGUUUCUCGACAUUUUGUAGAUUAUUUGUAUCUAUUAAUCUUUAGGUGAUGCAUUGGAUAAAGGUACUAGUGAAGCAUACAUAGUGGAAUAAUUCGAACUAAGUAAUUUUUUCGAGAACCCAUAAAGUUGUAAAAGCAAAUCAUGAGCAGGAAUACAAGAGACUAUGAGAUGAGAUAUUCGAGUCGAUAUGAAAGUUACA